CGCCUGCGCACUGCUUAUUUCCCGCUGUCAGGAUGAGGAGGCGGAGGUCGGCGCUCGGGUCCGUCUCUGCCCGCGGCUGUGGCGGCGCCGGCGGCUUCAGCCUUAGCGGUUCCUCCCUGGGCGGCGGCGGCGGCGGCUCGGUCGACGCCUCCUCCGCCAGCUGAGCCCGCGGGAGCCCGGGACGCCGCUUCCCCGCCCAUCCCCGCUCUCCGAGGCCGGCCGCCCGGCCAUGGCGCAGCCGGGCCCGGCUCCUCAGCCUGACGUUUCUCUUCAGCAGCGGGUGGCAGAAUUGGAAAAAAUUAAUGCAGAAUUUUUACGUGCAAAGCAACAGCUUGAGCAAGAAUUUAAUCAAAAGAGAGCAAAAUUUAAAGAGUUAUAUUUGGCUAAAGAGGAGGAUCUGAAGAGGCAAAAUGCAGUUUUACAAGCUGCACAAGAUGAUUUGGGACAUCUUCGGACACAGUUGUGGGAAGCCCAAGCAGAGAUGGAAAACAUUAAGGCCAUUGCCACGGUGUCUGAGAAUACCAAGCAAGAAGCUAUAGAUGAGGUGAAGAGACAAUGGAGAGAAGAAGUUGCUUCACUUCAGGCUGUUAUGAAAGAAACAGUUCGUGACUAUGAGCACCAGUUCCACCUUAGGCUGGAGCAGGAGCGAACACAGUGGGCACAGUAUCGAGAAUCUGCAGAGAGGGAAAUAGCUGAUUUAAGGAGAAGGCUGUCUGAAGGUCAAGAGGAGGAAAAUUUAGAAAAUGAAAUGAAAAAGGCCCAAGAGGAUGCUGAAAAACUUCGGUCUGUUGUGAUGCCUAUGGAGAAGGAAAUUGCAGCUUUGAAAGAUAAACUGACAGAGGCUGAAGACAAGAUUAAAGAGCUGGAGGCCUCAAAGGUGAAAGAGCUGAAUCAUUAUCUGGAAGCUGAGAAAUCUUGUAGGACUGAUCUAGAGAUGUACGUAGCUGUUUUGAAUACUCAGAAAUCCGUUUUACAGGAAGAUGCUGAGAAACUUCGGAAAGAAUUGCAUGAAGUUUGCCAUCUCUUGGAGCAAGAGCGACAACAACACAACCAGUUGAAACACACGUGGCAGAAGGCCAAUGACCAGUUCCUGGAGUCGCAACGUUUGCUGAUGAGGGACAUGCAGCGAAUGGAAAUUGUGCUAACUUCUGAACAGCUCCGACAAGUUGAAGAACUGAAGAAGAAAGAUCAGGAGGAAGAUGAACAGCAAAGACUUAGUAAGAGAAAAGAUCACAAAAAAACAGAUGUUGAGGAGGAAGUAAAAAUACCAGUAGUGUGUGCUUUAACUCAUGAAGAAUCUUCAGCUCAGUUAUCAAAUGAGGAGGAACAUUUAGAUAGCACCCAUGGUUCAGUCCAUUCUCUGGAUGCAGACUUACUGUUGCCAUCCGGGGAUCCUUUCAGUAAACCAGACAAUGAUGUGUUUAAAGAUGGACUCAGGAGAGCACAGUCUACAGAUAGCCUGGGAACUUCAGGCUCGCUGCAAUCCAAAGCUUUAGGCUAUAACUACAAAGCAAAAUCUGCUGGGAACCUGGACGAAUCAGAUUUCGGACCGUUGGUAGGAGCAGAUUCGGUGACUGAGAACUUUGAUACCGCCUCCCUCGGGUCACUGCAAAUGCCAAGUGGGUUUAUGUUAACCAAAGAUCAGGAGAGAGCAAUCAAGGCGAUGACACCGGAGCAAGAGGAGACGGCAUCCCUCCUGUCGAGUGUCACACAGGGCAUGGAAAGUGCUUAUGUGUCCCCCAGUGGCUACCGCCUAGUCAGUGAGACAGAAUGGAAUCUCUUGCAGAAAGAGAUACACAAUGCUGGAAAUAAACUUGGUAGACGCUGUGAUAUGUGUUCCAAUUAUGAAAAACAAUUACAAGGAAUUCAGAUUCAGGAGGCUGAAACAAGAGACCAGGUGAAAAAACUACAGGUGAUGCUAAGGCAAGCAAAUGAUCAGUUAGAGAAGACAAUGAAAGAUAAACAGGAACUGGAAGACUUCAUAAAGCGGAGCACUGAAGAUUCAAGUCACCAGUGUCGCAUCUGUUUCUUUUGGAAUUGGCACGUGCUUCUGGAGAAGAGCUGUUGCAGAGGCUGCAUCCGGUUCUCCAAGUGUCCUCAUUCUGGUCCUUGGCUCUGUGAUUAUUUUUUGCCUUAUUUUUGUCUGGUUUUCUUAAUUCUCAGCAGGAAGAUCUCUGCACUUGUCCUAAGAGCCCAAGCAUCGGAAAUAUUACUUGAAGAGUUACAGCAGGGGUUUUCCCAGGCAAAGAGGGAUGUUCAGGAACAGAUGGCAGUGCUGAUGCAGUCACGGGAACAGGUUUCAGAAGAACUGGUGAGGUUACAGAAGGAUAAUGACAGUCUUCAGGGAAAGCACAGCCUGCAUGUGUCAUUACAACAAGCAGAAGACUUCAUUCUCCCAGACACUAUGGAGGCACUCCGGGAGUUGGUAUUAAAAUACCGUGAGAAUAUCGUUAAUGUGCGGACAGCAGCGGAUCACAUGGAAGAAAAGCUGAAGGCUGAAAUACUUUUCCUGAAAGAGCAGAUUCAAGCAGAACAGUGUUUAAAAGAAAACCUUGAAGAAACUCUGCAGCUAGAAAUAGAAAACUGCAAAGAAGAAAUAGCUUCCAUCUCUAGCCUAAAAGCUGAAUUAGAAAGAAUAAAAGUAGAAAAAGGACAGUUGGAGUCCACAUUAAGAGAGAAGUCUCAACAGCUUGAGAGUCUUCAGGAGAUGAAAAUGACAUUGGAAGAACAGCUGAAGAAAGAAACUGCUGCUAAGGUUACUGUUGAACAACUAAUGUUUGAAGAGAAGAACAAAGCUCAGAGGUUGCAGACUGAACUAGAUGUCAGUGAACAAGUGCAGAGAGAUUUCGUAAAGCUUUCUCAGACCCUUCAGGUGCAAUUAGAGCGGAUCCGACAGGCGGACUCCUUGGAGAGAAUCCGGGCAAUUCUGAAUGACACCAAACUGACAGACAUUAACCAGCUCCCCGAGACAUGACACCCUCAUGGCAGGACUCUAGCCUGCACUUCGGGUUUUUAACUCAUCUUUAGAGCAACAUUAAUUAUUAUUUAACUCUUAACUGAAGAAGAAGUCACACACACAAAAAGGAAGACUGGAGCAAUGUUUAAUUCUAGUGGGAGGAGACUGUGCAGCACAGGAACAGCAAACAGCCAGGGUAAUUUGCAGCAAAAAGACCUUUCAGACGGAACACUAACCAGACUCCAGACUGGAUUCCAGCGAGUGUGGGAUCAGACUUGGUGAUGGAGGAAGUGCUGUUUCCUUGCCUGCCUUAUCUGACAUUUCCCUGCCCUAAAGCACCCUUCUAAUAGUGUUUGAAAUGACAUUUCCUGUUCAUAGAUGUUGGAAGAGAGAAUUUUUUUUCCUGUUGUCUAGAGUUCAUCAGUAACAGUAUUCAGCUAGCAGACAGGUGUAGUAUGCGGUAUGAAUAUUUUAUAUUAAAAUAUGAAGUUUGAGAGCAGGCCAUUGGCUAGUGACUGUAUUUCCUAGCUCAGUGUAUUUUUUUUAAACCAUUUUAUCUUGUGUUGGAGGACCUUAAAUGCUACUGAAACUUGCCUGAGAACCAUAAGACGGUGGCAAACAAAAUCAAUUCAGUUGGAACUGAAUUAAGAGAAUUUGAAAACUUGGCUGGGGCUAUAUGUAUUGGAAGUUGAGGUUAAAGGAAAAGCACAAGAAACUGUUUGGAAGCACUUUUUCUGCUACCUGGUAAAUUUUGUGGACCCACAGGUACCAGGGUCAAGCUGAACCCGCACCAUCUACUCUUGAAAACUGUUUGUUAUUGGAUCAGUGGAAGAAACAUUAAUAAAACAAGCUAUGUCUGACAACACCUAGUAUAAAUGUAUAAGUCUGCUGCUUAUUUUAUUUUCAACUUGAAUCAGUGGAUUUGAGUACUAUUUGUUUCAAAAGUGUCAGAUACAAAAAUGGUGAUAACUAGGUUUGGCAUACCUAGUUUUGUAUUUUUCUUUUGUAUUUUAGACCUGGAGUGUGAUGAUGCUUAUGGUGAAGUUGGGGAAACCCACCUAGUUCAUCAGUUUGGAAAUCUGCUUUGUCAUUUCUAUGAGGUUAAAUUCCGUUCCUGUGUGGAGAAAGCGUCAGUGGACAGGUUGUCUUUGCCAUAGCCUUAUGAAGUGUUGCAGAAAGCACAAGAAUGGAUGUGUGUUCACUGUUUACCUGCAAGUACUGUUAGCCAGUGGAAGGCUAUGCUGUUUUAUCAGUAAUUCAUCAUACAGGUGGUUCAAAAGUAAAACUCUUGUUUUCAAGUACUUUUUGUGAUUGGUGGUGUGAAGGAACUAUGUGGGAAUUAAGUGGAUUAGGUAGAUUUUCUGGCUCAAGUAAACCUACAACUUGAAUUGUCUUUGUUAUAAAUGAAGUCAUAAGGAACUGGCCCUAAAGAUCUUUAUUUCUGUCUUCCAUAAGACAAGAUAUGGCCUGCAUACCUCAUUCCUUGGGCUACUGCUGUCGUCUUACAUUCAUGAUUAUGAAUUUGAAAGUAAAUACUAAUUAUGGAAAUAGUGCUAUAGGCUUGCAUGCCUGAAACCUUUUAAUUGGUUUAAAGUCCUUUUGUAGAAUGGGGUACUUGAUUUCCUUUAAAGGAAACAUGUUUUCUCAUUGAAUUACCAGGAAUUUUUAUUAAUUCCAAAAAUGCAGUCACUUUAAAUUAUGUAAGUAUAAGAUCAGUUCCUUGGAUAAACUCCAAGCUCAUUUGUUUUAGGUUAUUAAAACUGGCACUGUAGUAAAUCAAGGUGGAUAAUUCAUAAUCUUCCUGAAUGAACUGAACUACAGCUCCCAGGGAACUGCUAGGCUGAGACUGGGCACCUUGCUCAUGUUUUUCUCCAUAAGAUGGUUCUGGGCCAAUAAAAUCAUGAUUAGGAAAGUGUGAGCGUCUUAACAGUGGCAGAUGCAAAUUGUUGGAACCCACUUUUUGGAGAAAAAUAUGCUAGAAAAACACAGACUAGGCUUUGUUAACAAUCUCUUUCUGGUAUGAAACACCUCUUUAAACUGGGUUUUCUGUAUAAAUGGGAAACUGAUUUGGAAGGCAGUGUUUAGCCCUCCAAGACAAACGAAAAGGUCAGGUUUCACAAGUGUUCCUGUGCUUGUAUUCAGUCCAUGUACACAUGUUCCCACGCAUGUCUAACCUGAUUUUACCCCUUACCUGUAACCUACCUUACCACGUGGCUUUUCAUCGGCAGUCACUUAGCCAUUUCUAGGCAGGUAUAGUAUUACCUUUUGGAACUCAUAUUUGGCAGGUAUAAAAAUAUUACUUAAAGCUAAAGGACAAAAUCAUAUACUGUAUACCAAGCUCUGUUUCUCCAUUUGAGAUCCUACAUGUGCACCUCACACCCAUCAGUGACAUGUACCGGGACACAGCACAGUCCAACUCAGCUCUGAAAGGUAAUACAUGCCUGUCAUGGAAGUGAGCCAGCGGUGGCCUUGCAACCGUGGAGCCUGAGUUCUGCUCUGAGCAGAUUUCAGGUAUAACCAUUUGUUAACUGUACUGGAGGUGUGUCCUUAAGAAGUGUUCAAAUUAAAAAAGCUGCUGCCUAGUA